CAAGUAGGAAGUGUAUUUGUCAUGCAAGUCUCUUAGAGAAACAUGGGCUUUUACUCACUAUGUGGUUCUGUAACUCUCCUUGGGUUUUUCCUCUGUAUAUCAGAGGUAGAGAGCAUGAGGACACUGAAAAAUGUAGCUGUAAAAAGAGGAGGAUCUGUCACUAUUCCAUGUAUUUAUGAUGAGAAGUACAAAGCACACAGUAAAUACUGGUGCAAAGGGUACUAUUGGUCUACCUGCAGUAUCGUAGCCUAUGCAAUCUCAAGUGGAAAUCCAUCAGUCAUUGAUCAUCCAGAGCAGAAUUUGUUCACGGUGGAACUGAACUCUGUCUCUGAGUCUGGAACGGGUUGGUGUGCUGUAGAAAUUGGGGAUAAAUGGCAAAAGGAUGACCGGGAAUAUUUGUACCUUACGGUUAGUCAAGAUCCUCGUCUGUCAGUGAGGGAGAGCAGAGUGAGAGGUGAGGAAGGAGGCAGCGUCACAGUCCAGUGUCUCUACAGUGCUGCGUAUCAGAAUAAACAAAAGCAGUGGUGCGGAUUUAAAGAUGAACAAUGCAACACAGUGAGGACAUCCCAGAAUUCAGCAGUGUACAUCAGUGAUGAUGGGAGAAGAUCCUUCAGUGUGAAGAUGAGCAGACUGAAGAAGAGUGAUGCUGGAUGGUACUGGUGCAGUGCAGGAGAUCUGCAGGUUCCUGUUCACAUCAGUGUCAGUGAUCCACCUCCAGUCACUACAUUAAAGACAAAAGUACUGACUACAACAGUGACUACAACAGUGACUACAACAGUGACUACAAUCGCUCAUCAAGACAACACAUACACUAGUUUGGUUUGGACCCUGAACCAUUGGUACCUGGUGGCCCUUCUUCUGCCACUGGUGAUACUGGUCAUCAUCAUCUGUAUGCUCAGAAAGAAAUGUGGUAAGUGUCCCUGGUGUGUCUGUAGUUUUGAAUUAGUUCUCAUUCUUCUAUUAUUUCAAAUGCGCAGGUCUGAGAUGUGAAAAUCCAUUCACUGGAGGUUCAUUAACAAGAAAUUCAACACAAUCAAAUAUAAUACAGUGUUCAUACAACCAGAGGACAGAUUCAAAGAUUUGACAGUCAGAUAAAUCAGUCAGGAGUCAAACACAGUGCACCUAGAAUCUGUGGGCAAAUAGAAAACAGGAGAACAGAGGGGAAGAAAGUCACAUACACUGAUUGUAAACUCACCAGUUAUUACAGUCUGAGCCUUUACACUGUAUUUAUCUGUAAUGUCAUGAAUAUAACUUGUUUUUUUUUUUCGGAGAUAAUGUUGAUUGCAGGUUAUGAGCUUUCUGAACGCUGGAAUCCCACGGUUCUUAUAGUCGCCAUCUAGUGGGGAAAAAAGACAUGACAGGGUGCAGGUUUUUUUUUUUUGUUUGUUUUUUUUUUGUCAACCUUCAUUAAUGCUUUUCUUUAUUGAUAAUAAAGCUCAUACACACAAAGCACCCAUAAACAAACAAAUAGGACAUUGUAAAGUAAAAGUAAAACAUCAUUUAGGGCACCGGAAUUAAAAAUAGUUAGAAAAUUACGAUUUAAUGUCAGAAAAAUAUUUAACAGAACAAUCUUAAUAACCUUCACAUAGAGAGGCAGUAGUGUAUGUAGUGGGCAUAACAACAUCAGUGUCUAAAUGUGUGACAUGGACCACAAACAAACACAAAAAUCCCCGACAAAACCCAGACCCAUGUGUGUUUUAACUCAACAUAAAGUGAAACAUGACUGCACUUUUAUUUCUUUUAUUUUGGAACUUCAUGCUGUUUGAUUUUAUUGAUUUAGAACUUGAUAUUUCAAUAAAUUAGACCUUGUAAACUUGGAGUAUUUCAUCACCAUUUCGUGGGGUGAUGGAGGACAGGUGGGGUUUGAAAAUCAACCAAAGUUAGCAGAAAAAGUUUGAGCUCCACAGAUGUACACAGAACAUGAGUGUAAAGAUUAGGAAGAAAUAAAUGUAAAUAUAGGUGAGGUGAUGGU